CGUAUAAAAGCAGAGUAGAAUACCACUGGAGCACAAAAGACGAUCCAGACUUCAGAAGCUUAUCCAGCAUUGCCACGUCCUUGAGGGUUGCUAGAAAGGAACCGCUUACUUAGACAUUUGUGAUUAAAAGUCUGUCUGCCUUCCAUGAGUGUAAGAUCUUCAACUGCUUUCAAAUCUGAGCGUUGCUUUCAUCAGAACACCACGACCUCCUCCUCCUCUGCGUCGGCUCCAAGCUUGGAUCAGUGCAUGGAUAAAACAAGGGGUCUUUUUGGGGACGAGUUUGAGAAGUCCUCAAUCAUCCAUGGAAGCUUCUUGAGGCCACGGAAUGAGCAAGUGGGAUUUUCAGGCCGCCCGGGAAGUAUGGGCAACGUAAAGACCCUGGGAGACAACUAUCAAUUCACAGUGGAUGUGAGCGAUUUCUCUCCUGAAGAUAUUAUCGUUACCACCUCUAACAAUCAGAUUGAAGUCCAUGCUGAGAAGCUUGCUGCAGAUGGAACUGUCAUGAACACAUUCACACACAAAUGCCAGCUACCAGAUGACGUGGACCCCACCUCUGUGACGUCCGCCUUGGGUGACGACGGGACACUGACAAUUAAAGCAAAGAGGCAUCCGGCCAAGCACACUGAGCACGUGCAACAGACUUUCAGAACUGAGAUUAAGAUCUGAGAAGAUUGCGUUGAGCACUGCUUUAUUGUAAUGCAGAGUAAGGCCAGAAGUAAUGCAGAAUGCAGCAUGUGCUGGUGUUUAUCACUGCUUCCUGCCAAUAUAUUAUUGUAAAAUAUCAUCUCAACCCUUUUAAGCAAGGAAAUAAUGAGCAAAGCCUGUAAAAUGGGAUAACUGACAAUUCCACCACAUUUAGUGACACCAUUUAAAUUAUGCUUCCAUUACUGACCUAUGAUUUGUAUUCUAGUGACAGACACAUUAAGUGCUUUGUUGUUCCACAUAAGUGAGAGAUUCAUUAUAUGCAGUGAUAAUGGAGAUAAUGGAUGUUCUGUGUGUGUGUGUGUGUGUGUGUGUGUGUGUGUGUGUGACUUCUGCUGUAGGACACAAAGAUCAAUAACAUAGAUAGCAACUUUGUCUGUCUUAGAUCUAAAUUUCCUGUUUAUCUGAUCUUGUAUAUAGACUUGCAUAGUUACUUGCUUAUUUAACAAUUUAAAUUCUGUAACGUAAUAAAGUGUACAAGGCUAAUGCUAUUCCAAAGGAUUUGUUCAGGAAUAUAAGGAUAUAUGACCUUUCGGGAAUAUGAUAUUACAUCCAAUAAUGUCCUUUUACCAUAAGCAAAAAUAAAAAGUUCUAUAUUAUGCCCUAAA